AUGGCGUGCCACCGGGCACAGGAGGAAGACAAGCGCUCCACGCACCGCAUCUGCCCAGACCACCGCCGUGUGCCGCGCGUCGUGGCCGCCGAUGGCAGCGUGUGGCGCUACUGCCUGCAGUGCACCAAGGCGCACACCAUUGACGAGUUCAGCGGCGACCGGCGCAGCUGCCAGGCCAGCCUGCUGCUGAGGCGGCAGCGCAGCAAGCGGGAGCGCGAGGCGGAGGACCAGGACUGGAGUGGGAGCGAGGGGGGUGUGGAGAAGCGGCAGCGGCAGCAGGGAAGCAGCGGCUCCAAGGCGCGCCGCCAGCCUGCCACCGGCACCAGGCAGGCGGGGCCCGAGCAGCGCCCAGCGUUGGAGCCAUCCAGGAGCGUCUCGCCGCCGCACGCGGGCUCUCCGCCGCCGCCGCCAAAGGUGGUGGUCCUGUACAUGCCGUCGCAGCAGCAGGUGCCGCAGGCAUGGCCUGCACAGGCGGUGCCGCAGCCGUCCCGCGUGAACCUGCCAGCGGACGAUGUGUCGUCGCUGCCAGAGGAGGAGGCGGUUCUGUUGAAGGGCCUGGGCGCACUGGGGCAAGGUCCGACUAGUGCUGAGCUGCUGUGCAUCGCACGCGAGCUGGGCCUGCUGGGCAGCCUGGAUCAGCAGCAGCAGCUGCUGCCUGCCCAGCUGCCGUGGCAGCCGGCCGCGCCGGCGCUGGCGCAGCCUCCACACAUGCCACCAGCGCAGGGCGUGCUCCUGCCGCCGAUCUGGCCGGCUCUGCACAUGCCCCUUCCCCUGCAGCACUGGGCGUGGUAG